AGGCUUGGUCGAGCUUUGACAACGGAAAAAUCUUCUUGCAAUCCACCAAUGGAAAAAGGAAAUUUUGUAGAGAGAGAGAGAGAGAACAUAAAACCGAGGGAUUUUGUAGCGAGCUCGUGUUUACUUUAUUUUUUUUAAUUAUUUUUUAUUUUCAAAAUUCCUUCUCUCUCUCUCUGUUGAACGCGGAGGAGAGAGAAGGAGGUUCAGUUCUUUCUUCUCUGCUUGCUUAGCGGUUUUUUUUUUCCAAUUUUUUUUGGGAAAUUUUGAGUUUUAUUUUUAUUUUUUGUUGGUUUGGGGAUUGAAGGGGAGAUUACUAUUUUGUUUUGGCGGAGACAGAAACCAUGAAUGUGAUGCGUCGAUUAAAAAGCAUUGCUUCUGGUCGCACUUCUAUAUCAUCUGAUCCUGGUGGGGACUCUUUGACAAAGAGAGUGAAGGUUGAUCAAGAAACAGAGCAGAAAAUUGAGGGGGAAUUAUGCUUAGAUGAGAGAAGUGCCACAUGUCUGGAGCAGCAUAUGGCUUCUACGUCACUGGAAAAUGCUGCAAGCACAUCCAAACCAUCUUCAAUGGCCAGAAGAGAAAAUUCAGGCUAUGAUCAGCUUCCCAAAGAAAUGAAUGAAAUGAGGAUCAAGGAUGACAAAUCGACCAAUCAUGAUGACAAAGCGAACAAUCAUGAUGAUAGACGGACCAACCAUGGUGAAAAGGAUAUGGAAGCUUCCAUUGUGAGUGGUAAUGGAACAGAAACUGGUCAUAUAAUUGCAACAACAGUGGGUGGUCGGAAUGGACAACCAAAACAGACAAUCUCCUUUAUGGCAGAGCGUGUGGUUGGUACAGGUUCAUUUGGUGUUGUCUAUCAGGCUAAGUGUUUGGAAACUGGUGAAGCAGUUGCAAUAAAGAAGGUGCUGCAGGAUAGAAGAUACAAAAAUAGAGAACUUCAAGUCAUGCGCUUACUUGACCAUCCUAAUGUUGUUGAACUGAAGCAUUGCUUCUUUUCAACUACUGAGAAAGAAGAACUAUAUCUUAACCUUGUCCUGGAGUAUAUACCUGAGACUGUCUACCGAAUAUCUAGGCACUAUAGCAAGAUGAACCACCAACACAUGCCUAUUUUAUAUGUGCAACUGUAUGCUUACCAGAUCUGUCGUGGCCUAAGUUACUUGCAUCAUGUAGUUGGUGUAUGUCAUCGAGAUAUUAAGCCACAAAAUUUACUGGUCAAUCCCCAUACACACCAGCUAAAGAUAUGUGAUUUUGGAAGUGCAAAGAAGCUGGUGCCAGGUGAACCCAACAUAUCUUAUAUUUGUUCACGAUAUUAUAGGGCACCAGAGCUUAUAUUUGGGGCUACAGCAUACACAACUGCAAUUGAUAUGUGGUCUGCUGGUUGUGUAUUGGCUGAACUUCUUCUUGGUCAGCCACUGUUUCCUGGGGAAAGUGGUGUUGAUCAGCUGGUGGAAAUUAUUAAGGUUCUGGGAACACCAACCAGAGAAGAAAUUAAGUGUAUGAAUCCAAAUUACACUGAAUUUAAGUUCCCUCAGAUUAAAGCUCACCCAUGGCACAAGAUAUUUCACAAGCGAAUGCCCCCUGAAGCUGUGGAUCUUGUAUCAAGGCUGCUGCAGUAUUCACCUAAUCUACGUUGCAGUGCUCUGGAGGCAUGUGCUCACCCUUUCUUUGAUGAUUUGAGAAACCCCAAUGCCUGUUUGCCUAAUGGACGAGCGCUACCUCCUUUGUUCAAUUUUACAGCUCAAGAGUUGGCUGGUGCGUCUGCUGAACUGCGCCAACGUCUAAUUCCAGAGCAUUCAAGAAAAGAAGAUUGUUGAACCUGGAGUGGUCAGAUCUGUAGGAAAUGCAACUCAAUUUUUGGAUGCUCAAAACCCCAAGGCAACACAUCCUGCCUGCUGCAUUAGUUAAGGCACAACCAUCGUACAAUCCUGUUAUAGUUGGUUAAGAUGGAAAAUAGGAGAGUUUUGGCAAAUUAACGGCUAGUCAGAGAGAGACUAUGAUUUGGAUUCAGUGAAUGAGGGAGGAUACUUGUCAAUGAGGUUCCAACUUCCAAGAUUUAAUUUAUGUUUGAAUGUGGUGUGUUGUAUGGGAGUGAAUGUAAAAUGGGUUGAUAUAAUUAUGUUAUUGUGUUUUUCAUAUAUAGUGUAACGGCGUUCGUUGAGAAUAUCAAUUUAAUGGAUCAUAUAGAGAUGUAUUAGUACAUCUUACCUGGUUCCUUCAUCUGAUAUAACAAAAUUCAAAUUGCCGGUUUUA